GGCAACACUGCUUAUAUCGGCCACUGGAUCUAGAGAGACACAUUCAAAAACAUUUUGCAUUUUAGACGCAUUCAAAAAUCGAACGAGUCGUGCGCCUGUCCGUCGAACUCCGUCGUGUCGUAACGAUUGGCCACAACAUUGGCCCAACAACGAACAAAGCCCCGUAGGAGAAGCAACAUUCAUCCUAGGCCACAGUCGCCAACAAAAAGCGAAAAAAACCGUCUCCUCUCCGAAGUGCAGUUCUGUGUUUUUGUUGUGUUUUGCUGUUUUUUUUUUACCCUGCUGCGUGCGUGAGUGACGACAUUGAGACCGCCCCUGCCCCCCGCCACCCGCCACGCCCCCGUGAACCAACCAACCCCUCCCACCCCCUCCUGGGAGGGGGCAUAAUGUGCCAUGCUACUGUUUCUAGGCUGAGUCCAAACGAGGGUGUGGAGCACUAGAAAAAUUCUCGUUCUCCACCCAUCAGAGUCCUACUCCUACUAACAACCAAAUCGAACAAAACCAAGAAUAAAAGUCCAAAAUCGAAACAGAAACGCCAUGUACAACCGCCAGGCAAGUGGCCAGGGGCCUGGCCCUGGAUCCGGAACGGGAACGGUAACGGGCACCGCUCCGCCACCUCCGCCGCCGCCACAGCCAGUAGUGCCUGCCCUGCAGCCCCAGCCUGCCACAGCCACGGGCAGUGGAAGUGCAACUGGAUCUGGGUCUGGUUCUGGCUCGGUCAUUUCGGCUCUAAGCCCAUCCUUGGAUCUCCACCUGCGGCCGCUUCGCUUUCUGGACGCCAAAUGGCUGCGCGCCGAUCUCAUUGCCUCCCUGCGCCAUGCCUCCGAGGGCGCCGUGCUAUGGAACCACCUGAUCCAGGACUGCGAACUGGUCUCCUCGCCCGCCGCCCCCAUCCUGAACGCCCGCGGCCAGCUGUCCUAUCUGGGCGACGACGGCAAGCACUACUGCGGUGCCCAGCAACUGAAGUGCUCCUGCUGCCAGCCAGAGUACUGCGGCCCGCACUCCGCCUGCAACUGCGACGGCUGCCGGCCCCUGGACUCUGACACCGCCAUCAAGAAGCUUACCACCCAGGCGGCCGCCCAGCAGGCCCAGCACCUCAGCCAGGCCACCGAGCACGUCCUGAGCGGCUGGCUCUGGAGUCAGCCCCCCACACAGCAGGCGCGCCAAGACUGCCAGCGAUCGCUGAUCUCGGAGCUCCAGGAGCUGGCCCUGCGAGCGGCCGGUAACUGUUUGUCCGCCCAGCACCUGCGCCAGCAGCUCUUCGUCUACGAGCGGUAUUUCGUGGCCCUGAAGCGGGAGAGGGAGCGGGAACGCUGUGUCCAGCCAGCUGCGGGAAACCCCAGUGCCAGCACCACCAACAACCUUCCCGGAGCCUCGACCGCCACCGUCAACUCAACUGUCGCCAGCACAGCCAGCCCGAAUGGUGCACCAGCCGUGGAGAUGCAGCGGCCUACAGAGCGCGCAGAGCACGGUGCCCUCGGCUUGGCUCGCGUGGCCACUCGGGCUGCCCUGAACUUCAGCUUUGCCUUUCUUCGACGCGCCUGGCGCUCCGGCGAGGACACGGAGAUGUGCAGUGAACUGCUGACCGACGCCCUCGCCUCGCUACAAGAACUGCCGGAGGCCACAAUCUUCGAGGACGCCUCGGUGUCGCCGCUCUGGGUGGAGGUCAUGGAGCGCUCCACCAAGUUCCUGCGCCUGGUGGCGCUCGGCGAUCCGAUGGGUGGCCGCUGCACUGCGCCGCAGAACGACCGUCACUCGGCCCUGUGCCUGCUCCUGGAAUUGGGUGUGCAGAAGGGCACCCUGGCCGCCACCCUGGAGUGCGUCGUCCUGCUGCUGAUGCUCUGGGAGAAGGAUCGUGCCGGCAACGACAACCGAGACAUGCCCCGCAAGACCGGCGCCCCACUACUGCGCAUCCUGCAGCGCUACCAGAAGCUCGGACCUCCCUCCGUCAAGUCGGGCCAGCUGCCUAGUGCGGAGCCAGCGCCAGUGGUCAGUGCCACGGAGACCUUCCUCCGGUUCCUGUCGCUGCCGAAGAGCAGUGCCGCCAUUGUGGACUUGCGACGCGCCGCCGUAGUCAUCAUCUCGCACCUGGAUCGCAUGGCCCAGCCGCUGAUGCCACGCUGCCUGCUCCGAGGCCAGGUCCCGGCCGCCUCGCCCGGCUACGGCGCCCAGCAACGCAUCUACGCCAUGGGCUGGCCCGCUCUCUCCAAAGACCAACAGGGAUUCAGCUCCGAGCCCGCGCUGAGCUGUGGCGAGUCUGGGCCGUCGGCCCCGCUGCUGAAUUGCCGGUUCCAGGUGAAGCAGGUGGCCUGCAGCGAGAGCCAGGUGCUGCUCCUCAGCCAGGAGGGCAAGCUGCAUGCCUGGCGGCUGUCCAAGCCGGAGGCCGAGCCCCAGCCGUUCGAGGAGGUGGGCCACGAGACGUUCAUCAGCAUUGCCGGGCACUGCGAGGGACGUCACUUCUUGGCCAUUGACAGCAAUCACGCCAUCUACUCCUGGGGUGCCGGCGAAGAUCACCGCCUGGGCCAUGGCGACACCCACGCCCGCGCCGUGCCCACCAAGAUCGCGGCCCUAGAGGCGCAGUGCAUCCAGUCGAUCUUCUGCGGAUGCACCUACAGUGCAGCCAUCACCUGUGGCGGCCAACUCCUCACCUGGGGCCGCGGCACCUACGCCCGCCUGGGCCACGGCAACAGCGACGACCGCUGCCUGCCCACCAUAGUGGCCGCCCUGUCCGAUUACAUGGUGGUGGACGCGGCCCUGGGCAGCGGCGACGCCCACUCCCUGGCCCUCACCUCGACCGGUCUGGUCUUCGCCUGGGGCGACGGCGACUACGGGAAGCUGGGAAACGGCAACUGCAACGGCAGCCUGCAGCCCAUCCUGGUGGAGUCGCUGCCGCGCGUGCAACGCGUCUUUGCGGGCUCCCAGUUCUCGGUGGCGUUGACCAGCGAGGGACAGGUCUACACGUGGGGCAAGGAAACCUGCCUGGGCCACCAGCUGGUGGAGCGAAACGUCCAGGGAUGCAGUGUGCCGCGUCUGGUCAGCAGUCUUCAGCACAAACGCAUCGUGGACGUGGCAUUGGGCGUGGCCCACUGCUUGGCCCUGACCAGCAGCGGCGAGGUCUUCGGAUGGGGUCGCAACGACAGCCAGCAGAUCUGCCCUCCCUCCGUCUCCAGCGACCCCCUGCUGCGCACCCCCAUCCUGGUGGCACUGCCCACGCUGCCGGCCAGUGGCAUUGCCUGCACCGCCGGCCAGAGUCUGAUUUGGACGCAGAGCUCCCACCAGGGUGUGCCGCUGCGGGCACCCUUCGUCAUCGACCUGGGCGAGCCCACGUUCCGGCUGCUCGACCAGCUGCUGGGCAUGUGCAUGUGCAGCAGCCAGGACAACCGUCAGACGCCCAACCAGGAGAGCGAGUGCAUCGCCGUGGCCUGCCUGAACCUGGUGCGGCUGCAGUUGCUCGCCCUGAUAGCCAACGGCGUGGAGCCGCGCCAAGUGGGUCUCGCCAGCGGCAGCCGGUUGCUGAGCAGCCUCAAGACCAGGAUCCUGGGUCUGGCGGGCGGCACUCAGGUGCUGCGCACCAUCCAGGUGGCCGCGCAACAGGCGCUGCAGGACGGCUGGAGUGUACUCCUGCCCACUGCGGCGGAGCGAGCCCAGACCCUCACCUCUCUGCUGCCCUCCGAGCCGGGCCAGGCGUCCUCCGUGGGACACCGCUUCAUGACCGAUCUGCUAGUCAGCUCCCUGAUGGCCGAGGGCGGCCUCGAGUCGGCCCUGCAGAACGCCAUCCGACUGGAGAGCAGCUCCUGCGGCGCAGACUGCGGCGACGGGGUGCACUUGCCGCUCCUGCAGCUCAUCACGCGGCUGCUGGGCAACAUCGCGGCCCUCACCCAGACCCGCCUCUUGCCGGCAUUGCGAAAGCAUCACCAGCUGGAGCAGCAGCUCUUGCUCCUGCAGCAGGAGAAGGAGGAGGAGGAGCGCGAACAGAACCGGCAUCACGCCCAGGAGCCGAGCACCAGUCCCAGUCUGAGUCUGCUGCACCGCUUCCAGCGCCUGCUGCUGGCCCACAUCCAUCAGGCGGACCCAGAGGAGGAGACCACCGGCGCCGAGGCCCUGCUGCUCCAGUACCUGCACGCCCUCAUCCCCGCCUGCGUAGCGACGCUGCAGCAAGCCCACGAACUGGCGCUCCAGUGCCGGGAGCCGGGCGAGCAUCCCAUCGGCCAGCAACUGGGCCACUUGGGUCGCGUCCUCCAGGCCGACGUGUCGGACGCCCUGCUCCACGAACUGCUCGUGGGCCUGGUGCUCCUGAAGCGCGAUCGUCCCCAGUGCCUGGGUGGACUCCGUUGGGCGCGUCUCUUCCUGCCGCUUCUUCGAGUCCUGGACCGCUUGAACAGGGCCCUGGGCGAGGGAGAACUUCGCGACGGCGACGACAUGGGCUGGCCGGGCAUCAUCUGCCGAGGGGGCCCCAAGAACGGAGGUCCACCGCCCGCCGACCCCGAGACCCACUACGUGCGACGCGCCGACAUGGAGAAUCACCUUCUGGACGGAAGUCGUUGCAUCAUCCUGGCCGGCUACGUCUGCGACUUGAGUGGCUACAACUGCGAGUCCGAGACGUUGCGUGGCAUCCUGGACACCGGCCUGGGCAAGGAUCUGACGGCGGAGCUGAGCAGUCCGGCUCACAGAAGUGCCAUGGAGCAGAUCCUCCAACACCACAAGCUGGGCAAGUACAUGUCCCAAGCAGGAGGAGAGGACAAGAGCCCUCCCCCGGGACCCACUCGCCUCACCCACUUCAGCUCAGAGUGCGCCCUGGCCCAGCUCCUGGGCCUGGUGGCCAAUCUGAUGUGCAACGGGCCGGCGCUACAGCCGGCGGAGCUGCAAUGCCGCCAGCUGGACAAGUCCAGCCUACUAAGUGGAGGCCUGCAGCUGCUCCAGCCCAGCAAUCCCUUUGACGAGGAAAAGGGAGAGGCUCGCAGCAGUCACAGCUGCCACAGCACGGCCGGGAACACGCCCACGGACCAGGCGCCACCUCUGCCUAUCCAGCACCUGCAGCAGCAGCAGGGUCCGGUGCAGGUGCGCGGCAAGUCCCAGCUGCAGCAACGGGCGGAGGCGUUUGUGACUGGACUGGCCGAGGCCAGGCUCUCGGAGGCGCCAGUGGCCGCCUGGGUGACCCUGACGGAGCGCUACUGCAAGGCACACAACCUGAUGUGGCACCAGGAGUUCGCCACGGAACAUCCCGUCCAGGAACUGGAGCGUCUGCUCAGCGCCGUGCUCAUCCGACACCAGUACCUCGGCGGUCUGGUCCUGAAUGCCUUGGAAACGGAGGAGUCGCCGCCGCCGCGCCAGCUGGGCGAGAUCAUACGACUGGUGCACCAGGCCAAGUGGUCGGUGGUGCGGACCCGCCAACAGAUGAACCGGAGCUACAAGGAGGUCUGCGCCCCCAUCCUGGAGCGACUCCGCUUCCUGCUGUACGAAGUGCGUCCGGCGAUCAGUCCACAGCAACGGGGACUGCGCCGCCUGCCCAUCCUCCAGCGGCUGCCGCGCUUCCGGAUGCUAGUGCGCCGCCUGCUCCAGGAGCUGCGGUCUGCAAGGCAGCCGGCCAGGCUGGAGGACCUACUGAACGCCACCAUACAGCAGCAGCAGGAGCAGGAGAAGAAGCCACAGGACAAGCAGCAGGAGCAGCAGGCGGCCGAGGAGGAGGAGAGCCUGCUGCGACGGCUCAACGAGCGCCAGAUCAACGGCGAGGGAGAACUGGAUCCCGCCCUGAUGCAGGACAUCGUGGACUUUGCCCUUCAGGACAGCUGCGACGUCGAGACGGCCCGCCGAGCCAUGUACUGCCAGAUGCAGCGCUACCAGCUGCGUCUGGCCGGGCUGCAGCUCGUCCAGCAACUACUCGAACUGCACGGCCUCCUGGACGCCACCCAGUACAGCCUCCUGAACGGCUUCCUGGGCCUGCACCUGAAGCCCGGUACCGGCGGAGGCGCUUCUAGUCCAUCGGGAAGCUCCCUGCCCGUGCUCGGCCAACUGAACAUGAUCAGCGCGUACCAGAAGACUCGCCUGCUCCUGGCGCAGUCCCGCGUCCUCGACUGGGCGGUUAGGGAGCUGCGCCGGCUACUCAACCAGGAGCAGCACGGCCACGCCCGCGGCAAGGACAGCAGCAACCUAGGCACCUACGUCCUUCUGAAGCGCCUGCCCCGCGCAAGAUUCCUGCUGAGCGUCUUCGGGCUGCUGGCCAAGGAACUAGGCCCCAACGAGCUUGGGCUCCUCCUAAACUCUGGCCUGCUGGGCACUGUCCUGGGUCUCCUGGCCCAGACGGGCGGCGAAGGAGCAGCUGGUGGAGGCCAGCCACCCGGCGAGCUGAGUGUCCUGUACGAGGACAGCGUCCUUAAGCAGAAGUCCAGCAAGGCGCAGCUGAGUGGACCCGACCUGGCCAAGCUGAUGAAGAUCGGGACGCGGAUUGUGCGUGGAACGGACUGGAAGUGGGGCGACCAGGACGGGAAUCCUCCCGGCGAGGGUCGCAUCAUCAGCGAGGUGGGCGAAGACGGGUGGGUGCGCGUCGAGUGGUACACCGGAGCCACCAAUUCCUACCGCAUGGGCAAGGAGGGCCAGUACGACCUCCAGCUGGCGGACAGUGCCCUUAACGUGGCCUCUCCCACGGAGCCGGAACGCGAGGAUCUGGCCGGCAGCGAGUCCUCGCCCUCGAGCGAAUCUCAUCCCUCCAAGCUGCUGCGCCACUGCGCCGCCAAGCUGCUCCAGAUCCUGGCCGUGGGCAGUGGCCUGCACGGCUCCCAGCUGGACAAGCACGCCCUGCGCGGCAUCACCAGCAUGUUCCGUGCCAUCGUGGACCCCAAGCCUACCAUGUCCAGUGUGGCCAACUCGCUGGGCUGGCUCAACCUUGGAUUCAUCCGAGCCAUUGCAGGUGACUCGCCGCGCUUGUGCCUGGAGCUGAGCUCCCCCGGCUGGCUGGGGCACUACCUGUCCCUGCUGGAGCAGCCGGCGGGCAGCGAAUCUGGCGUCUACCGGCAGCUGCACUGCCUGCGACUGCUGCAGUGCAUCCUGUCUCAGUGGGGCGUCGAAGAGGAGCCCCGCAUGCCCGCGCUGGUGCGUCAACUGUUCGCCACCUUGGGGCGCAUCGCCCUCCACUGCCCCGGCGACGUCAGCCUGCAACCCACCGGCGAGGGAAAGACCCGGGUGCUGCUGACCGCCUCGCACUCCGGGAGCGUGGCCGAGGAGCUGGUGGCGCUGCUGCGACGCCUGCACACGCUGCCGUCCUGGAAUCCGGUGAUCAACUCCUUCCUGGCCCAGAAGCUGUGCGUGGCCGCCGAGCUGUUGGCGGAGCAGUCACCGCCACCACAUGCCACCCACCAACCAUUGGACAGCGAGCAGGUCUUCGUGCUGGGCGUCCUCGCCGCCAUGGGCGGACACGAUCUCAGGCCCCGUGUGGGGCUGCACUGCUUCCACGAGGGGAGCCACAUGGUCAUCGCCAGCUUCACGCCCAAGGGGCGCUGCCUCCUGGCCCAGGGAGGCGCUGCCUCCGCCACAGGAUUCGUCAAGGUGCCGCUUGCCGCCGUGCUGCCCCAUCUGGACCACAGUGUCUUCAGUCUCAGCCGGCUGCCCAUGAACGAAAUGCUACUCAACGCCUGGACGGUGCUGCUCUACGGGCCGUCGCCGGAGCUGCGCGAACUGCCCGCCAGUCCGGAGGGACGUCUCGACCUGGGCCUGCUCCGCGCCCAACAGCUCCAGCUGGCCGUGCUCCACACAAACGGAGUCCUGUACCGCCACCAAGCCGCACUGCGUCGCAUCCUGAAGCAGCGAGCUCCGGGCAGCAUAUACGGCUCCGGAGAGGGACAAGAACCCAGCAGCGAUCCGGACGUGCAGCCGGAGGCCCAGGAACCAGCGGACCAGGAACAGGAACACCAGCUGUCGUCUGGCAGUGCCGGAAGCGGCGGGCAGGAGGCGCAGCUUCUCAUCCAGUGCAUCCUCCUGCGGGCCACCCAGGCGUCACCAGUAAAGGCCUGCUACUCGUACACGGACCUGGCCACCGCCGCCCUCAACUGCAUCCAGUCUCUGGCCACCCAGGCCCACCAGGAGAUCGUCGAAGACGCCGGUGGAGCUCCGGCCAACGGCCUCGCCAUGGCCACGCCUCCGCAACCCACUAUGGUGCAUGGAGUGCCGGUGUACAACGUGAAUCGCAGCAAGGAGCAGAAACCAGCGGCCAAGACCACAGAGCAGGCGGAGCAGCCGGCGAAGGGCAACAAGUGGCUGGCGGCGGCCAGCGAUGACCAGCUGAUUGGACAGAUCAUGGAGAUGGGAUUCACCCGGCGAACCGUGGAGCUGGCCCUGAAGCAGCUCUCCCUCCAGGCCGAGAUCAUGCCCACGCCAGAGCAGAUAGUCCAGUGGAUUCUCGAGCACCCGGACGUCUGCGCCAACACCAUUGAGGAGGAGGACUCGGCGCCGCCACCGCCGCGGCCUGGCUCGGCCCACGACCCGGAAGCGGACUCCGACAACGAGUGCGCCAGCAACCAUUCCUCCAGCUCCUCCAGCUCGUCCUCCUCCGCAUCAAGCUCCUCCUCGUCCUCGGACACCGUGGAAGGGCAGCCGAACCAGGAAGCGGCUCCGCCACCACCGCCUCCGGUCAAGUUUGAAUCUCGGAAGGACUUCCAGACCGCGGACCUCUACGCGCUGUACGUGCGCGGCCUGGUCAGGCCGGGGAUGACGGUGCGCUGCUGCCGGGACUUCGAGGAGAUCAAGAAGGGCGACAUGGGCACCGUCCUCAUCGUGGACACCGAGGGACUGCACGACCUCAACGUCCAAGUCGACUGGCGCAACCACGGCAGCACCUACUGGGUCUGCUUCGUCCACAUCGAACUGGUGGAGGCGGCCCAGUCCCCGCACCAGCCACGCCCCCCGCCGAUCGCGGUCGGCGCCAAGGUGCGGCUGCGCUCCUCUUCUCUGCGCCACGGACUUCUGGGCCCCCAGCUGCGCCUGGGCCGGAGCCAGGCGACGGGAGUGGUUAUCUCCGUGCGGGGCAAGCAGCUGACAGUGGACUUUCCAGACCUUCCCGCCUGGCAGGGUCACAUCAACGAAGUGGAACUGGUGGCCACCUCCGGCGCCGCCGCCCCCAUGGCCGGGGCCCUCGGACAACCGGGAGAGUCGAGUGGGCCAACCCCCCCGCCGGCCCCGUCUGAUCUCAUCGAGGACUGGUCGAGAUGCAUCCGCUCCCUGACGGUCAGCUCCAACGAGGCGGCGGCCAAGCACCUGCUGGACGGAAGCGGACAGAUCUGGCAGAGCUGCUCCACCGGGCCGUGCCGGCACUGGAUACGCCUGGAGCUGCACGACCGCGUCCUGGUGCACAGCCUGGCCAUCACGGUCAGUCCGGAGGACCACUCGCACAUGCCCUCGCUGCUGGAGAUCCGGGUGGGCGAGUGCGUGGACAGCCUGAAGGAGUACACCUGGACCCCGGUGCCGGCGGGCGCCACCCGAGUGGUGCUCAUGCAGAACGUGCCCGCCUACUACCCCUGGGUGGAGAUCGUGGUGAAGCAGUGCCAGAACAACGGGAUCCAGUGCAAGAUCCACGGUCUGCAGUUCGUGGGCCGGCGCCAGCAGCCGGACCUGCAGCACAUCCUGGCCAACGCCCAGUUCCUGGCCAGCGAGUACAGCUCCGGAGUGGGUCCGGGAGCUGUAAGCUCCGCCCACGGCGAGCCGGGCGGCGGCCUGGACCAGGACCUGCCCUGCACCGUCAUGGUGUGGGGCCUCAACGACAAGGAGCAGCUGGGCGGCCUGAAGGGCUCCAAGGUGAAGGUGCCCACCUUCUCGCAGACCAUCAGUCGGCUGCGCCCCAUCCACAUAGCCGGGGGAUCCAAGAGCCUCUUCAUCGUCAGCCAGGACGGGAAGGUGUACGCCUGCGGCGAGGGAACCAACGGCCGACUCGGGCUGGGCGUCACCCACAACGUGCCGCUGCCCCACCAGCUCCCGGUGCUGCACCAGUACGUGGUCAAGAAGGUGGCCGUCCACUCCGGCGGGAAGCACGCCCUGGCCCUGACCCUGGACGGCAAGGUCUUCUCGUGGGGCGAGGGCGAGGACGGCAAGCUGGGACACGGCAACCGGACGACGCUGGACAAGCCGCGCCAGGUGGAGGCGCUGCGCGCCAAGAAGAUCCGGGACGUGGCCUGCGGCUCCUCCCACUCGGCGGCCAUCAGCAGCCAGGGCGAGCUCUACACCUGGGGCCUCGGCGAGUACGGCCGGCUGGGACACGGCGACAACGCCACGCAACUGAAGCCCAAGCUGGUGGCGGCCCUGGCCGGGCGGAGGGUCGUCCAGGUGGCCUGCGGCAGUCGGGACGCCCAGACGCUGGCCCUCACGGAGGACGGAGCGGUGUUCUCGUGGGGCGACGGAGACUUCGGCAAGCUGGGACGCGGCGGCAGCGAGGGAUCGGACACCCCGCACGAGAUCGAGCGUCUCUCGGGGAUCGGCGUGGUGCAGAUCGAGUGCGGAGCCCAGUUCAGCCUGGCCCUGACCCGGGCCGGCGAGGUCUGGACGUGGGGCAAAGGCGACUACUACCGGCUGGGCCACGGCGGCGACCAACACGUCCGGAAGCCGCAGCCCAUCGGCGGCCUGCGCGGCCGCAGAGUCAUCCACGUGGCCGUCGGCGCUCUCCACUGCCUGGCCGUCACGGACGCCGGGCAGGUGUACGCCUGGGGCGACAAUGACCACGGCCAGCAGGGCAGCGGGAACACGUUCGUGAACAAGAAGCCCGCCCUGGUGAUCGGCCUGGACGCCGUCUUCGUGAACCGGGUGGCCUGCGGCAGCUCCCACUCGAUAGCCUGGGGCCUGCCCAACGCCACCAUGGAGGAGGAGAAGCGCGGGCCCGUGCCGUUCGGCAGCACCCGGGACCCCCUGGGCGGCAGCAGCCUGGGCAUCUACGAGGCGGAGGCAGUGCACCAGACCACCAAGCCGGACUCCAAGCCCCCGAGCCUCACCAGCCUAAGCGAGAGCCUGGCCCUGGAGAGUCCGGCCGCUCGGCAGGCCGCCCUGGCCCACGUCCUGCGUGCCAUGAGCAUCCUGCAGGCCCGGCAGCUGAUCGUCGCCGCCCUGACGAGCCACAGCAAGGUGAACUACAAGGAGCGCGGCAUAGGCGGCGGCGUCGGCGAGGAGGAGCAGCUGGCGGGAGUCAGUGGAGGAGUCGGCGCAGGAGGAGCAGUCAACAACCAAACUGGAGCAGCCACCGUGGAGCCCAUUGCUCAGGGCGGAGGCGAGGCCCCGGCAGACGCCUCAGAUGCAGCGCUCCAGGAGCACAGCCCCGACCUCCCACUGGAGCUGAUGACCACCACAGGAGGAGGCGGAGGAGUGAGCGUAGUGGCGGGCAUGUCGGCCACCUUGCCUCCCCUCACGGCCGGGCCACUGAGCGCCUUCCAGAGUCUCACGGGCUCCCUGUCCAUGUCCGGAUCCCUGUCCAGCAGCGCCCUGCCCGCCCAGCACAAGCACUCGCGGAUGUCGGCCAGCGCCAUGUCCGUCAUGGCGGCCACCAUGACGCAGCAGGAGGAGAUACUGGCCCAGAUCGGACACUGCCACGGCCUGGACGACUUUGGCGGCCUGCUCGGCGAGCCGGAGGCCAAGAGCCUGGUGGAGCUGCUGAAGCUAGCGGUGUGCGGACGAUGCGGGCCACCGAGCACGGCCCAGACAAUUGCCGAGACGCUGAUCUCCCUGGGAGCGGGCUCGCCGGCCGUGGCGGCCAUGCUGCUGGAGACCUGCAUCACGGAACUGGAGGACCUCUGCACCUCCCGCCACUGCCUCGGCAAGCUGCCCAAGCCGGUGAUGCAGGAGAGCAGCCACCCCUACGUGGACAACGUGAACGUGACGGGAGCAGUGAGGAUUCCCGGAGCGGAGAUGCUGCGCCUGGAGUUCGACAGCCAGUGCAGCACGGAGAAGCGGAACGAUCCGCUGGUCAUCAUGGACGGAACGGGCCGGGUGCUGGCCAUGCGCUCCGGCCGGGAGUUCGCCCACUGGGCGCCGGAGAUCCGGGUGCCCGGCGACGAGCUGCGCUGGAAGUUCUCCUCGGACAGCUCCGUGAACGGCUGGGGCUGGCGCUUCUGGGUGCACGCCGUCAUGCCGGCGGCCACUCUGGGCGAGACCGGGUCCGACCGGGCGGUGCUCUCGCAGCCGUCGAUGGCCCUGGUGAUGUCCCUGCUGGACUCCCGCCUAGCCCCCCGCCAGCCGGGCGUGCUGCUCCGCCUGGCCUCCGCCCUGGCCGCCUGCUCCCAGCUGGGAGCUCUGUCCACAGCGCAGAGGAUCUGGUCGCUGCGCAAGCUGCACGCAGUCCUGCUGCUGGAGCAGGCUCCCCGCCCCCAGGACCCGUCGUUGGCCGGCCUGCUUCAGCCCCUGAUCCCGGAACUCCUGCGGCAGUACGAGUACGAGGAGCCGCAGGUGCGAGGAGGCAUUCAUCUGAUGCACUCGGACUACUUCAAGACCCUGGCCGCCCUGGCCUGCGACAUGCAGCUGGACGCCUCGCUGCCCAUGGUAACCAGCGGCAGUGCCUCCACAACGGGCGGAGCAACUAGCGGAGGAGGAGGACUCGGAGGAAGCAGCGCCUUCUGUACCAUGGGCUCGUCGUCCGCCAUCCUAGCCGCCGCUUGCGCAGCCACCUCUGGAUCUGGAUCCGGCCCAAGCUCAGUCUCGGGUGCGGCCGCGUGUAGCUCGGCCUCCGGCGGAGGCGGGGACCUCCACAAGUGGGCGUGGUUCAAGCGCUACUGCAUCGCCGUGAGAGUGGCCCAGUCCCUCAUCCGCCGCACAGAGCUGCCGCGCGCCUUCUGCCUGGAGGUGCGGAAGAAGUUCGCCGAGAUGCUGCCCAGCUCCGCGGCCAGCUGCAGCUCCAACUCCCAUCCGUGCGGCGGCCAGUCCCCCGGAGCAUCGAUGCUGAACUCUACCACAUCGCUGUCGUCCAGCACGGCCAGCAAUGUGUCGCCACCGCCGCCCCCACCACCGCUCCUCCACCAGGCGGACCACCACGAGUCCCUGAUGUGCCCGGGCUCGCAACUGGACUCCUCGUCCAUCCUGCUGCACGAGGACCACUCCCUGUUCCAGGCCCCGCACGACGCCCAGCUGCUCCAGUGGCUCAACCGCCGGCCCGACGACUGGGCCCUGAGCUGGGGCGGCGCCAGCACCAUCUACGGCUGGGGACACAACCACCGCGGCCAGCUGGGCGGCCUGGAGGGCAGCCGCAUCAAAACGCCCACCCCCUGCGAGGCCCUCAGCCUCCUCCGCCCCGUCCAGCUGGCCGGCGGCGAGCAGUCGCUGUUCGCCGUCACCCCGGAUGGGAAACUCUUCGCCACGGGCUACGGCUCCGGAGGCAGGCUGGGAGUUGGAGGCAGCGACAGCUGGGCCAUACCCACGCUGCUGGGCUCGCUGCAGCACGUCUUCGUGAAGAAGGUGGCCGUCAACUCCGGCGGCAAGCACUGCCUGGCCCUGACCACCGAGGGCGAGGUGUACGCCUGGGGCGAGGGCGAGGACGGCAAGCUGGGACACGGAAACCGGGUGAGCUACGACCGGCCCAAGCUCGUUGAGCACCUGCACGGGAUGAGCGUGGCGGACAUAGCCUGCGGCAGCGCCCACUCGGCGGCCAUCACGGCCAGCGGCCAGGUCCUGACCUGGGGCAAGGGCAGAUACGGCCGCCUGGGCCACGGCGACUCCGAGGACCAACUGAGACCGAAGCUGGUGGAGGCGCUGCUGGGCUACCGGGCCAUCGACAUAGCCUGCGGCUCCGGCGACGCCCAGACCCUGUGCAUCACCGACGACGACAACGUCUGGAGCUGGGGCGACGGCGACUACGGCAAGCUGGGACGCGGCGGCAGCGACGGCUGCAAGCUGCCCUACAAGAUCGAGAGCCUGGCCGGCCUGGGCGUGAUCAAGGUGGAGUGCGGAUCGCAGUUCUCCGUGGCCCUGACCAAGUCCGGAGCAGUCUACACCUGGGGCAAGGGCGACUUCCACCGACUGGGGCACGGCUCUGUGGACCACGUGCGGCGGCCCAAGAAGGUGGCCGCCCUGCAGGGCAAGAAGAUCAUCUCGAUCGCCACCGGCUCCCUCCACUGCGUGGCCUGCAGCGACUCCGGCGAGGUGUACACCUGGGGCGACAACGACGAGGGUCAGCUGGGCGACGGCACGGUGACGGCCAUCCAGCGACCCCGCCUGGUAUCCGCCCUGCAGGGAAAGCACAUCGUGAAGGUAACCUGCGGGUCGGCCCACACCCUGGCGCUCUCCACCUCACAGCUGAGCGAGCGACUGCGCCCACUGCCCAACCCGCCGCUGGAGUACGACCUGGUGAGGGACCUGGCGCCGGAGGCACUCCACGCCCGGCUCAUCCUGCUGCACCACUUCUCGGAGCUGCUGUGCCCCUGCCUGGCGAUGCUGCCCAUUUCGGGCGACCUGAGCCUCGGCGCCCUCAAGGACGUCCUCGUGUACAACAUCAAGGAGGCUGCCUUCCGUAAGGUCAUCCAGACCACCAUGGUGCGGGACAAGCAGCACGGCCCCGUCAUCGAGCUGAAUCGCAUCCAGGUGAAGCGCUCCCGCAGCCGCUGCAACGGCCUGGCCGGGAUCGACGGCAUGAAGAGCGUGUUCGGGCAGAUGGUCCAGAAGCUGCCGCUCCUCACCCAGGAGGCCCUGGCCCUGCCGCACCGCGUCUGGAAGGUGAAGUUCGUGGGCGAGAGCGUGGACGACUGUGGCGGCGGAUACAGCGAGUCCAUCGCCGAGAUGUGCGACGAACUGCAGAACGGCAGCGUCCCGCUCCUGAUCAGCACCCCGAACGGACGGGGCGAGGCGGGCGCCAAUCGGGACUGCUUCCUGCUGGAUCCCACCCUGUCGUCGGUGCUGCAGAUGAACAUGUUCCGCUUCCUGGGCGUGCUCAUGGGCAUUGCCGUGCGCACCGGAUCACCGCUGAGCAUCAACCUGGCGGAGCCCGUUUGGAGGCAACUGACCGGCGAGGUGCUCCGGCCCACGGACCUCACCGAGGUGGAUCGCGACUACGUGGCCGGGCUGCUCUGCAUCCGGAACAUGGACGACGAUCCCAAGCUGUUCAACACCCUGGAACUGCCGUUCUCCACGUCCUCGGCCCGGGGCCAUGAGGUGCCGCUGUCCACCCGCUACACGCACAUCUCGCCGAGGAACAGGGCCGAGUACGUACGGCUGGCCCUGGGCUUCCGGCUGCACGAGUUCGACGAGCAGGUGAAGGCCGUCCGGGACGGUAUGUCCAAGGUGAUUCCAGUGCCUUUGCUGUCGCUCUUCUCCGCCGCAGAGCUGCAGGCCAUGGUCUGCGGCUCGCCGGACAUUCCGCUGGGGUUGCUCAAGUCGGUGGCCACCUACAAGGGCUUCGAUCCCGGCUCGGCCCUGGUCACCUGGUUCUGGGAGGUGAUGGAGGAGUUUACCAAUCAGGAGCGUUCCUUGUUCCUGCGCUUCGUGUGGGGCCGCACCCGUCUGCCGCGCACCAUUGCCGAUUUCCGGGGACGGGACUUUGUGCUCCAAGUGCUGGAGAAGAACCCGCCCGACCACUUCCUGCCCGAGAGCUAUACCUGCUUCUUUUUGCUGAAGAUGCCGCGCUACUCCUGCAAGGCUGUGCUCCUGGAGAAGCUCAAGUACGCCAUACACUUCUGCAAGAGCAUCGACACCGACGAGUACGCCCGCGUGGCGAUGGGCGAACCCACCGAGGCGACCGGCAGCGAGGACAACAGCGACCUGGAGUCGGUGGCCAGCCACGAGGGCUAGGCUCCCGCCCCCACAGAAUCUGCCUUACCUGAAAGGAUCUGAAGAGGAAGGAGGAGGAGAACCAACCCACUAUUUAUGAUGAUUCUCAGCUAGGAUACUAGGACACAUUCAACACAAAGAGCCUUCAAAGUUAGAAAAGAAAAAACGCCACUCACGCGAACACAUUACACAUAGAUACACUUAAAAAAAAACCCACACGUAUAUAUACAUAUAUUUUAAAGGUAGCACAUGACACAGAGCAGGAUGACAAUGGAAAGAAAGAGAUGAUGCGGUGGAAGCAUGAAAGAGAAAGAGAUAGAGAGAGAGAGAAAGACGGCUUGUAGAGAAAGGAUAUUGAAACCAAAAAGCAAAGCGUUAAUGUUAUUUCCAUAUUAUAUUAUAUAUAUAUAUGUACUCGUAUAUAUAUAUUACGCAUAAACAUAUUUAAAUAUAAAUGUUAGUUGGAGUCCUCUCAUUAUAAACACAAGGCUUGAACGUUAGACGCCAUCCAACUCGAACCCCAUUAGCCCCAUCCAUUCCCGAGUCCGAAUCCGAAUCCGUAUUACCCUGCCCGGAGAGCAGUUAAGAUUAUUAAUGGAAUAACGCUAAACACAAAGGCCUCGAGCCAAAAAAAAACCAAAUUCGUUGCUAAUGAUGAUCAAUUCAAGAGUUAGAUGCGCCCUAAAGGAACCUAUCUGAACUAAACUGAAAGCUAAUUAAAAUGCAAAACAAGCAAAAAAUUAUGAAAAUACUAAA